AAAAAAGUUGGUUUCUUUUUUUCCAAGUCUCAAUUUUAUUGGACUUCAAGCUUCAUUGCUCUCUCUAGCUCAAAAUCGCCUCCGUCGCUGUUCUCUCCGGUCCCGGCAACACAAUCAGUCUUCGUUUCUUAUUUGUUUGAUAUUAAAGUACUGCUGCUAUGGGGCUCCCUCCCAAGGGUGGAUUCAGCUUUGACUUGUGCAGAAGGAAUGAUAUGCUCGCCCAAAAGGGUGUCAAGCCUCCUUCUUAUAGGAAGACUGGAACUACAAUUGUUGGUCUCAUUUUUCAGGAUGGUGUCAUUCUUGGAGCAGAUACGAGAGCCACAGAAGGACCGAUUGUCUGUGACAAAAACUGUGAGAAGAUACAUUAUAUGGCACCAAACAUUUACUGCUGUGGAGCAGGAACUGCUGCUGAUACAGAGGCGGUAACAGACAUGGUCAGUUCCCAGCUGCAGUUACAUCGGUACCAUACUGGUCGAGAAUCAAGGGUUGUGACAGCUCUUACUCUUUUGAAGUCUCACCUUUUCAACUAUCAAGGUCAUAUUCAAGCUGCUUUGGUGCUUGGUGGAGUUGAUGUAACUGGACCCCAUUUGCACACUAUCUAUCCUCAUGGAUCUACAGACUCUCUUCCGUAUGCUACAAUGGGAUCUGGUUCCCUUGCCGCAAUGGCUAUUUUUGAGUCAAAAUAUCAUGAAGGGCUAACAAGGGAAGAGGGAAUUAAUUUGGUGACUGAGGCUAUUUGCUCUGGAAUAUUCAAUGACUUGGGAAGUGGAAGCAAUGUAGAUGUUUGUGUGAUAACCAAGGGCCACAAAGAGUAUUUGAGAAACCACCUGCAGCCAAAUCCCCGUACCUAUGUCAAUCCAAAUGGAUAUGCUUUUUCAAAAAAGACCGAGGUACUACUGACCAAGAUAAUUCCAUUGAAAGAGAAGGUUGAAGUGACUCAAGUAGGAGAUGCAAUGGAAGAAUGAUGCUUCAGUUAGACCUCAUUCUGCAACUUCCAAGUCAAUAUCUUUAAAUACUUGUUGCGAUGAAUUCCAUCCUUUGAGUCAAGUAACAGUUGGAUAAAAUGAAAAUGUGUCUUUGCUGAUACUUUCAUUUUCCUCCUUGAGGAAGCUACUUUUGUCUUUGUGCAUUGUUACUGUAGACAUUAGUUGGUAUUGAAAGUCUUACUUGACCAACAUUGUUAAGCAUUGAAAUGGUAAUGUUUCUUACCUGUCUUAUUGGCGAUGAUAUAUGUUUGAAAUAUAAUAUUUACUGAUGGUAAAUUCA